UUUCGACGAACGAACGGCUCGGAUCAACUGAUUGCAUUGAUUUAGGAGGGAUUGUCAUCCGGAUGCUAUUCCGUAGCCUAGCCUACAGAGGGUAGCCUACCAGAGCUAGAGUGGAUUGUGAUGCGUCAGUGCGUUUGACGGCUUUUCACGUAGGCUAUGUGUAUCUUUGAAGAUAGUGCUGAGAAUGUAACAGCCUAUAUUAAACCAGCUCAUGGGACAGACAAACACAGAGUUGUUAUAGAUUGAGAGAACUGAACACCGUCAGCGCUGACACUCGCAUCACUGUCGGCUUCCUCUGGUGUGGGUAUUGUAUCGUGUCUCUCUUUUCUCUCAUCCUCCUCAUCCUGACGGAGGCUGCUGAUGCUGCCGUAGCUCGUGAAAAAAAUCUCUGUCGCAACUACCUGGACUGGGCUGUGCGUUAUCUAUAGCCCGCUAGAUGCUGUGAAUUAUCCCGCAGGAUUGUGAUUUGGGCUAUACAAGAAGGAGGGCAUCAUAGACAUUGCGUUUCGUUUGCUCCGGUUUGACACCGUCACUGUCGUUAUCAUUGCUUAGGAAAGAACCAUAGGCUAUUGCAAAAAACUGCUGUUCUAUUAGCUAUUGGAAGGCCUUAUUAUUUGAUAUUGAUUUGACUCUUAAUUAAAAUGAGUAAUGUGUUAUGGGUAAUAUCCGAAUAACAAUCUGAUAUUUGCUGUGUUUUCAAGGAGGUAUUCCAGAGGCAUACAAGUGACAUGUGCCAGAAGCGAUGUCUGACAAACGGUUAGACGGCCAUACAUAGCCUAUGAGAAAGGUGGGAAGGAAUUAUUUCUCAUAUAGGCUAGUUCAGGAGUCGCCACAUUCUCAGAGUUAUCAUUUAGGCUAAAUAAAGGCACAAGCUUGCAGAUUAGCUUUUGGCUAUUCAGUUUAUGCGCCAGCAUCGGGGUGCGACGUCAUGAGUUGAAUAUGCUUGCCAGAUGUUGCCUUUGAUGUGAUUCAUUCAGUUGCAUGGGUGCAUAGGCUACUUUGGGUUGCAUUUAUUCAGCAAACAUAUCUACUGACUCCUCCAUUGCUCAACUAAUUAAUUAGUCAGUGCCCCCCUUUGCUCAUAUACCUACUUUAAUAGGCUUACCUACUUCAUAAGAAUACCGGGACUGGGAUACAACACAAACUGUGCUACAAUGAUACCCGGAUCGGCUGCGUCGAUGCUCCCAUCGAUGUCUUCGGAAGACAUUAAACUAUACCAGCAUAACUAUGUCCGCAACUCCCGUGCCAUCGGACUCCUGUGGGCCAUCUUCACCAUCCUGUUCGCCAUCUUGAACGUGGUGAUCUUCAGCCAGCCCUAUUGGAUCGGGGACGGCGUGGACACCCCACAGGCCGGCUAUUUCGGCCUCUUCCACUUCUGCACCGGCGACGGGAUCCAGAGGGAGCUCGACUGCACAGGGACCUUCACCGAGUUCGCUCAGAUCCCUUCCACCGCGUUCAAGGCCGCGUCGUUCUUCGUCGGGAUGUCAAUGAUGCUGGUGAUAGCUUGCAUUGCUUCUUUCACUCUCUUCUUCCUGUUCUCCACCACCACCGUCUAUAAGAUCUGUGGCUGGAUGCAGGGGGCCUCGGGUGUGUGUCUGGUGAUGGGCUGUAUAAUCUACCCUGAUGGCUGGGACAGUGAUGAGGUGCGGAGGAUGUGCGGUGAGCAGACAGACAAGUACUCCCUGGGAGCGUGCUCCAUGCGUUGGGCUUACAUCCUGGCUAUCAUGGGGGUCCUGAAUGCCCUCAUGCUCUCCUUCCUGGCCUUCGUACUGGGCAACAGGCAGGACGGACUCAUGACCGAGGAACUGCUGGCCGAGAGCAAGGCUGGGAAUGCCUAAAACAUCCAUAGGUGUGUUUCCUAGUGUGUGUGUUCACCGCUCAUCACUCUCCAGCUUUUUACCCAUCAUCCCCAGAAGAGGACAGCACACAAUGGCUGUGGGAGAGAGAAGAAAGAGAGAGGGGGGAGAAAGGAGGGAAGAGGAGGAGAAAUGGAUAGCUAUGGAACUAGACGCCUCCACUCCAUUCACACUUGCACGUUCACAUUGUAAUAUUCCACCCCUCACCCUCUAGUUUAUAAUAUAUACUGUAUCUGCCAAUGAUAUGUACAUACGUGUGUCUUUGUUGUCCGUCCUGCUCAUAGUCCUAGCCCUAUCGAGAGUCUCUACCCCACACUACUCCCUUAUCACUGAGCCUGUAGAACCCCAACAGAGACUGACAACCCUUACACAACCGAUAAUCAACCAAGACAGGGACAGCGACUUUGACUGAGCAACUGAAGACGUAUGGAUUAUCUGCAAGAAUGUGGAUGGGUUGUACUAUGUUGAAGUAUUAUACUGAUACAAAUACACAAACACGGUAGUACAGUUCACACAUACAUAAAUGCACGUGGGUGAGCAAAUACACACACACACACAUCUAAAGUCACACGUGAAUACAUAUCCUUAGACUUUAACCUUGUAAUAAAUCCAUACGCUAACACGUUGAGCAACAGUAGAUAUUGUAUAUUAGUGUACAAUGCCAUCUCCUGAGUAUGUGUUUAUGUUUUAGUUGUGAAAAGGAAAUUACCUAUUCUCAUCUAAUAUUGGGUGUAAAUUUACGAUAUCUCAAAAUAAUGUGUGAACUCUUACAAACAAAACCUAUCCCUCCUCCUCAUUCUCCCCCUCUUCCUCAAAAGCCGUCUUUACUAGAGCACUGUUGUCUAACGUGAGUGGCUACAGUUACUGUAUAUAGAUAAUUAAUUCUAGUUUUACAAAGUUGGGGCUGAAAUAUAUGUAUAAAUACUCAAAUAUAAAAGAAGCACUGUUGUUGGAAUUCAGUUUGUUACUCCAUUUCAAGCGUACGUCGUCGAUGCCCAGCUCAGUUCGUUUUGCACACUACUUGCAUUUGAGGAGAAUCUCAAAGUUUUGUAGUUUGUGGUAUGGUAUAUUCUUAUUCACUGUGAUGGGGGAGGUAUUUGACUGUAUGUCUGCUCCAUAUCUUGUAGCUGUUGGGUGAAUGCGUGUUUGUAUGAGUGUGAAUGUAGGGGGGUGGGGGUGGGUUGGUUCUUCUAUCCUUGGGCUCUAAAAUCCCCAAAAGUCUCCAUGACAGUAAAAUAAGGAAAAUUGUCCACAGGGGGGACACUUCCCAUGUCCCCAUGAGAACAAAGGCUAUGUUAGGUUUAAGGUUAGGGUUAUAUUUGUGUUAGCGGUUAGGAGUUAGGUUUUGGGUUAAGGAAAAUAUGAUUUUUAAUGGAAAUCAAUUUUAGGUCCCCACGAGGAUAGAAGAACAAAACCUGUGUGUGUUUUUUAAAUGCACCUUUUUAAUGUACCAACACACCAGCCUCGUCUCAUAAGGACUCUUAUACUAUAUAGUCCUGAACAUACAAAUGUAUUUAUUUCCCUCUCUCUUGAUCUCUCGCUCUUUCUCCAUCUCAUUCUCUCUCUAUUGCACACUCCCUCUCUCUCCCCCUUUCCAGCUGUCUCUCUCUUUCUAUCUCUCUCUGUUUCUCAUGUUUUUCGAAUGAGUGUGUUUGUCAAAUUAACCUUUUUAAUGUACCAACACAUCAACUCUCUCUCUCUUCCAUGUUUUUUCAGUAUGAGUAUGUUUGUUAAAUGCACCUUUUUAAUGUACCAACACACCAGCCUCAUCUCAUAACGAGUCUUAUACUAUGUAGUCAUGUACAUAUUUAUUCAUUUCCCUCUCUUGAUCGCUCACUUUCUUUCUCUCUCAUGUCUCUUUUUCAGUAUGUAUUCAUAAUUCAUUAUGGGGACGUGCAGGUAAUAUUAAUUGUGGAGAGGGACAUAUAUAAUAAUUGAUUGAUUGAUUAAUCUAGAAGGCCUGGUGAGGUUAUUUAAGUCCUAUACCUCCAUCAUGAGCUGAGGGGAGGAAGAGCAAAAAGAGGGGGAGGAGAAAGGGGAUGAAUAUGAGGAGCUAAUAGUGUUAAUACUGUAGGAACGAAAGGCCUGUCCCAGCCUCUUCUGUAUGUAUUUAUGUACCACCAAUGUAAAUAUAAAUAUAUUACAGAUACCAAACAUUAAGCAAAUACAUGGACGAGAAGGGUAACCGCAAUGGAAUAAACAAAGUUAUUAUAAAGAAUAUAUGAAUAUGAUUAAUAAAGGUUUUCACUGUA